AUGACUCCCGCCAUUCUCAUCGUCGGUGCCACUGGCAACACUGGCCAGGCUGUCGUUGAAAACCUACCGAAGUUGCUCCAAUCAAGCAACACUUUGUCUGAGCACCGCAUCAUUGCUCUUACUCGUUCCUUGAAGAGUCCAGUGGCCCAAAAGCUUGCCAAACUGCCUGGAGUUGAAGUGAUAGAGCAAAACUGGGUUGAAAUCACCCCUGACUGGCUCCGUGAACAUCAAGUAACCAGGGCAUUCGUUGCAUCACACAAUGACCCAAAUCAAUUCGCCGAAGAGUCUACAUUUUACAUUGCUGCCUUAAACGCCGGAGUCAAAUACGUUGUCCGAAUCUCAACCACUGCCGCGAACGUCCGUCCAGAUUGUCCCGCUUACUAUCCACGUACACAUUGGGCAAUCGAGGCUCUCCUGAGCUCGCCCGAAUUCAGCAACCUACAGUGGACUUCACUCCAGCCCAACCUCUUUACAUCUUUCGCCCUUUCGAGUGCUGUGGAAUUCAUCAAAGAGUACCGCAACACUGGAGUACAGGGAACUCUUAGAUUAAUGGCAUCGGAAGAUGCGCCUGUCGGUUUGAUCGAUGCUUCCGAGGUUGGAGUCUUUGCGGCUCGUCUCUUGUCCCAGGAUGAUGUCGCUGUGCACAACAAGGCCAAAUACGUUCUCAAUGGACCAGAGGAUAUUACCGGGAAGCAGAUUGUGGAAUUGGUUGAGCAGCAUAUUGGUGUGCAGGUGCAGGAUGUUACCUAUAAGGACAUGUCAUUCCUUGACGUGCUUUACGAGCUCAAUUUUGCGCCAACUCGUCAAUCAAGGAAUGUGAUCUUUUCUGUCAAGCAUGCACAGGAGACAUCAUGGGAAGGAAAAUGCACAGCCUCAACUACGAGCAAAGCAGUAUUGGACCUUGCUCCACCCAAGAUUACAGCUGCUGAGUCUUUGAAGGGUCUUCUUGGGGAAUAA